AUGGGAGCUGAUGUCAAUGCUCAGGGCGGAGUUUAUGGCCAUGCUAUUCAGGCUGCUGCUCAAGGAGGACACCUUGGGAUCGUUCAACAACUACUGGACAAUAGAGCCGAUGUCAAUGCUCAGGGUGGAUGCUAUGGCAAUGCUCUCCAGGCUGCUGCUCAAAGAGGACAUUUUGGGAUCGUUCAACAGCUACUGAGUGAUAGAGCCGAUGUAAACGCUCAGGGUGGAGAAUAUGGUAAUGCUCUCUAUGCCGCUGCUCAAAGAGGACAUGUAGAGAUUGCUCGACGACUACUGGAAAAUGGGGCUGAUGUUAAUGCUGAUGUUGAUGCUCCGAGGGGAUGGAUUGACAAUACUCCGGGGUCAUGGUAUGGCAUUGCUGAAGGCCCAUGGUAUGGCAGUGCUUUGCAGGCUGCUGCUCAAGGAGGACAUGUUGAGAUUGUUCAGCUACUACUCAAAAAGGGAGCGGAGGUGAAUGCUCAAGGUGGAGAAUACCGCAAUGCUCUCCAGGCUGCUGCUCACAAAGGAAAUCUUGAGAUUAUUCAGCUACUACUUGAAAAUGGAGCGGAUGUCAAUGCUCAGGGUGGAGAAUAUGGCAAUGCUCUCCAGGCUGCUGCUCAAGUAGGACAUCUUGAAAUCGUUCAGCUACUACUCAAAAAAGGAGCGGAGGUCAAUGCUCAAGGUGGACGAUAUGGCUAUGCUCUCCACGCUGCUGCUCAAGGAGGACAUGUUGAGAUUGUUCAGCUAUUACUCGAGAAGGGAGCGAAUCAGGACAUGUCGAGAUCGUUCAGCUACUAUGAAAAGGGAGCGGAUGCCAAUGCUCAGGGUGGUUACUAUGGCAAUUCUCUCCAAGAUGCUGCUCAAGGAGGACAUCUUAAGGCUUUUCAGUUACUGCUUGAAAAGGGAGCGGAUAGCAAUGCUCUCCAGGCUACUGCUGAAUGA